UUUUCCGGAUUCGUAUUAGUAUAGUAAAACAAGAUCUGGAAUAAAAUAUUAAAAACAGUAUUUUCAUUCGAGUACUUAGUAUUUAGAAUUAGCUAGUAUUGAUCUAGAUCCAGUAUUCUAGAUAUUACACGAGUCGUCGCACACAACAGUUAUGUUUGCGAAGCUCAAGAAAAAGAUAGAAAAUGAAGGAGGUGCAAUCCUUAAUUCAGAUUCUCCUGGCAAGAGCAGAAGAGAUUCAGUGACUAGUCUCCCACAUGCUGGGUCUUUUCAACAUCUAGGCCCAUCUCCCCCAGGUAGCAUAGCCAGUGAAGAUUCAUCAAUGAGGGAUGUGAUGAACCCAAGAGAUGAACUGACCAUAUUGUUGCAGAGAAAAUCUGAGCAGUGUAAGAAACUGGAAGGCAAUAUUAGUGAUUUAGCAGCACUGAUAAAAGAUAAAAGUAAAACAAUAGAUAAACUUGAACAGACCAUCAAACAGCAUGAAGAAGCAACAAACAAGAAGCUACAGGAGCAGAAAGAAGAGUUUGAAAAGUACAGAGAUAAGCUCAUUGAAGGCUACCAGAGUGACAAACUAAAACUGGAAAAGGACAAAAGUGAGUUAUCCAGGCAAUUGGUAGCUGCUGAGCAAUACAAAGCCCGUUAUUUCAAACGUGAAGAAGAGAAUGAUGAAUUUGAAGGGCUGACCACUCAGGAGUUGGCCAAAGUUAAACAUCUGCUACUGAACACUGAGGAAAUACUGGUCACAUGUCGCGCCGACCUGGAGACCAAGACCCGUCAGUGCCACGCGGCUGAGUCGCAGGUGGAGAAGCUGACAGAUGAGAUAGGACCACUCAGACAGAGGCUGACUGUACUGGAGGCCGACAAUUUGAAAUUAAAGGAAGAAAAUGGAGAAAGAGCUGAGCUAGUGAUCUCCCUUAGCAAGGACAAGUCUGCUUUUGAAAAAAGGCUGGAUGAGUUAAAUAAAGAAAUGCUGGAGAAAGACACUCAAGUAUCAAAACUGCAGGAACAGUUGUCUGACUUGGAUGGGGAAUACAAAACUUUGAUCAGGAACUCAGAUCUGCAGAGAAAUAAGACAAGCAAAAUGGUCCAAGAGAAAGACGACCAGAUUGACACGCUCCAGGAGAGAGUGAAACUUCUGGAACAGAGGAUCUCGGACUCCGGCCUAUCUGGAGAUGACCGCCUGACAGCACUGAGUGCUGAGAGGGACUCCAUGGAGCAGAAACUUUCAGAGGCCAGGCAGCAGUUAACCGAGGUCAAGUCGACCUGGAGUGAUAAAAUCAGCCAUCUUGAAGACCAGAUCUCUCACCUGAAUGCUAAAAUUGUUGAGGAUAGUGAAGAGCUAACUAACUACCAAAAGAUGACGGAACAAAUCAAGACGAGCUUCCAUAAACAGGUUGAAGAUUUACGUUCUAAACUUGAAGAGGCUGAAAAUCGAGCGUUGGAGAAUCUUGAACUUGCCUCAUCAAAAGCUAGCCAUUAUGAGAAACAGAUUGUAGAACUUGAAAUGGAAUCAGCCAAACAGAAGCAAGGAGCUGAAGAAAAUGAGAACUUGUUGCGAGCAAAAAUUGGAAGCCUUGAAUCCCUUGUGUCAGAGUUGGAAGCUGCUAAACAAAAACUUCAGGAAGAGAUGAACUCUAAAAUUGCACAUUAUGAAGAAAAAAUUGCAUCCCAAUCAGCCACAGAAGCAGCUCUGCAAUCUGAAAUCAAUCAGCUGAAAGAGGAAGUAGACAAGUUGAUGGCUGUUAUAAGUGGAAAGGAUAGUGAAAUACAAAGUCUACAGAAACAACAGGCAGAAACGGAAACAACUGCCGCUGAACAGAAUAAUGUUAUUUCAUCCUUAAAACAACAGCUUGUUGAUAAAGAACAUGAACUGAAGCAAGUUGAGAAGAAUAAAGAAGAUCUAGAACAAAACUGGCAGGCUGCUGAAAAUGCUAAAGGAGAUUUGCUGGAUAGAAAUGCAGAGCUUCACAAACAAAUACAUUCAAUAAAAUCAAGCAGCAGUGACACAAUUCUGGAGCUGGAGAGAAGCUUAGAGCUGAAGUCAAAAGCCAUGGAAUCCAUGGAGAAAUCUGAGAGAAGUCUUAGACAGAGGUUGGAAGCAUUAGAAAAACAGAUUGAACUGAAUGAAAUAAUGAAAGCAGAGUCUGGUCUUUACUCAAACAGAAUUGAAGAAAUGAAUGACACCAUUGCGUCUUUACAAUCACAACUAGCUGAGAAAAACCGGACAGUAAAAAAGCAGGAGCAAACGUUAAAAGACUUGCGAACGACUCUCCAGCGUGAAUUCAAAGUCCAGUCAUUGCCUAACGACGAGGGGCUGGACCAGACAGGCAACAAUACUUCAUCCACUUCCCCCUCCCUGUCGCGCAGAAUAGACAGCUACCAGCAGCAACAGUUCUACCAGCAGAACUCCCACCAACCCAACUCCACCCGCAACAGCUCCUACAACAGCCCGUCUGCCGCUGUGUUAGCAGUUCAGUCUUCGUCAAACACGAUGACCCUCACGUCAUCAUCGUCUUCUGUGCCGUGCGGCGCCACUGAUGCGUUAACUGUACACACAACUAAUGUGAAGAGAGAUUUGGACAAGGAUGUGAACUUUUUGUACCUGAAGCAUGUGGUCUUAAAAUUUAUGUUAAGUCGGGAAUCUGAGGCAAUACAACUAAUUAAAGCUGUUUCUAUGCUGCUAAACUUCACUAUACAAGAACAGCAACUCAUAAAAGACACCUUGGAGUGGAAAAUGUCUUGGUUUGGUCACAGACCUCCCCUUGGUAAAGGUCAAACAUCAAAGGUCAUACCACCAACAUUAUAGCAUUACUUAGCUAGUUUUUAUUAAAUUAAUGUAUGUAUAGUGUGAAACUUCUAUUGCUAUCAACCACCAAUUGUGAAUUUACACAAAUAAUGGAAGCAAAUUGCAACAGGAUAUUGGUAAAUUAGAGUUUGUAUUUUAAUUUUUAAGUUAUUGUUUUACAUUAAAAUAAAUUUUAACUUCUAAAUUAUGUAUGACUUUUUAAAAUGCCCUGCAAACUUUUCUGUUUUUUUAAACAGUUUAAAAAGUAAAUCCCAAUGUGCUAUUAGAAUCUAUUUAAUUUAUAUAUUUCAUGGCAAGCAAAUCUUUGCUCUUGUUUGUUUUUCUGUAUUUUUAAAAAAAUAUUUAUUUAAAGACGUCAAAAAUGCCAAAACUGUCAUGGUUGUGUGGAGGAAGUACAAAGAAAUUGUGAUAAAAUGUAUAGAAAACUGUUAUAAUAUUUUUACUGUCACAUUACUCAUUCAGUUUUUCCAGCAGUUUAAAAUCUAGAAUUACUUUUACCUUUCUUUCACAAUUCUUGGACGAUCGUUGAGAGAAUUAUCUCUAAAAAGUAAAAAGCAUUUUGCUUGUACUUAGUUUAUUUGUGCAUUAAACCACAUAUUCUAUAGAACACAAUGAUACUAAACCUGUUAAAGCUAAAGUUAUUUUAAGAAAUAUUGUAAAAAAGGUUAAGUGUUUUAAAAUUUCCUCAAAAAGUUUUGAAAUAAAAAUAAAUUAAUGAUUGGAGCAUAUAUUUUCUAAUGCUUACUUAUCAUUAAACUAGUGAAUUUUAUCUUAACAUUUUCUAAAGCCAGUGUAAUAUUUAACCAGAAAAUUACUUUUUUUAAAAAUAUUCAAUAUUAAUGGGCAAUUUUUAAAGGUUUAAUUUAGAAAUGUGUAUCAACUAAUUUUAUUCAGAAAUAAUUUAGUUUUUUUUUUCUUUCUAAUCAUCACCUGAGUACUUUUAUUGCAUAGAUCAAUGUAAAAUUUCUUUAUUUGAAUAUUCAGAAAUCUUUGGAAUGAUAAAAUUACUUUGUACUCACAGGUUGGGAUUUUAUUUUAUAUUGUAGGCUAGAAUGGCAGUUGUUACUUGAAUAAAAAAAAAAUUGUAGUGACUAUUGACAAUAGGCUUGAUAUUUAAAACAUUUAUUCCAAGUUUUCCCCUUCUGAAUAGAUUUUAAAUAACAGCUUGGAAGAAGUGGCAAAUAAAAGUAUUUAUAUAUAUGAAUUAAGUGUUAGUUAAGAUAUAAAUCCAUGUAUUUGCAUUACAAUCAUUUACAAACAAUUUAGAAGAAGGAGCUUGUAUAUUUUUGUCAUUAACACUUCUAUAAUUUAUUAUGUCCUUUUAGUUACCUUCUGGUUGUGAAAUAUUUUCUUUUUUUAUUCUGUCAGAAUUUACCUUGGGAGUGAAAUGUGUUCACAGUCUAGAUGCUUUAACAAUUAGAUCAGGGGUCUCCAAACUACGGCCCGCGGGCCGGAUGCGGCCCGCUUGGUCCUCUCAUCCGGCCCGCGGAGAUCUUUUUGUCCAAGGAAAAAUCGUUUGUUGGUGAUAGCUGAGGAACUUUGCCCAGAAAAAUCAAAGACAUGUCUGGAAGAAACUGGCCCCCGAACUGAAAAUUUAUAGUUAAUGUGUCUCUCUGACUGAAAAGUUUGGAGACCCCUGAAUUAGAUGAAUAUCAUCCAGACUUUUUUCUUCUGUCAAUACAAUAUUUCAGCUGACAUUCAAAUUUGCUUCACUUGCUCAAAAAAAACUGGCAACCACUAUUUUUAGUGCUUUUUUUCUAUUGGAUUUUCACAGUAAAAAAUUAUAUUCAGUUUUACUUAUUAGCAUGUGAUUGUCAUAGUAGCUACACGAAGCUAUUACUUUUUUUUAUUGAUAAUCCACUUGAACUGUUGUAAAUAAAUAUUUUGGGUGUUGGUUUUAAUUUUUGUUUUGUUAAAAAAAAUGAUGUUCACUGCUGCUAACUGCCAUGCUUUAAGAUAAUGCAAGACAUAAAACCGUGGUUUGUUUCUAUCAUUAAGUACAAUUGUAAACUAUUGUCAUUAAUAAGGAGAACUUUGUUAAUUUGUGUAAUAUGGUAUCCUGUACAUAAUUUUUACGUGGUCAACCUCAUAUAGCUGUCAUGCUUGUGGUGUGGUUAUUCAUACACUGUGGUCAUUUCUUAUAGCCUGGUCAUUUUUAUGGUGGGGGCAUGCUUUAAGCCUGGUCAUUAUUAUAUUGCCGUCAUGCAUAUUGUCUGGUCUUUCUGAUAGCACUGCAUACACUUUGUUACUUGUGUGGGCAAAUGCUCCUAACACUGCAUUUACACUUGCGACUUGUAUAUCAUGCAUGUCUAGAAUAAAAACUCACAACAAGUAAGUAGGCCUAUACAUUUUUCAUAGGGAAAAAUGUUUUUAUUAACACUAACUUGUGAGUUAUUUUUUUCUAGACAUGUAUAGUAUAGAUAAAAAAAAAAUAAACACUCUGAUUGAUAAAUGUGGUGGUAAUGUAGUGUAGUAUUAACAAGUCUAACCCUGGUGGGUUUUGUGAAUAUACAGUGGGGUCAUUUCUGUUUACAAAAUGUGCACAAAGAUUCUAGUCAUGUGAUCUAUUGAUAAUUAUUUUUUUUCAUUACAUGGUGAUAAUUCUAUUUUAUAUCGGUAAUGCACCUACUUUUUGAAAUUAAAGAAAAACAUUUUUCUUUAUAUGGUAAUUUUACAAAUUAACAUAACAGUUACAUUCAAUGAAAAUUAAUUUGGAUACAUUUAAUUUUUUUAGUUGGGUAGAGACUAGCCAAAUUUCUUUAUUGCAUUUUACUUUUGCUAAUUUUAAGCUAAAAUUAAUAUUAAAAUUAUAGUUAGAAUGCACAAGUAUAACUUCCUAUAACUUUUAAAAUUUCUUGGACUAUAUUCUGUACCUGUGUCUAACCCUAGACUUUGAAUAAAAAAGGUGGGCUAUAAGCAAUUUUAUUGAGUUCUAAAGACAUGUCCAUCACAUUUAGACAUUAUCACUGCUAGUGUUUGUAAAAUCUUGAACAGUUUCAAAACAGUAUACCAUUAAUGUUUUAAAAGUUCUUAUAAAUUUUAAUUUUUAUAAAUUUAUGUUUUAAAAAUUAUUAUUUCAUUAAUGGUUUUGUUUUAUUCUUUAUGCGCAGUCAGAUAUAUCUUUAAUUUUUUGUGCGUGAUCUCUUCUACCUAUUAAUAUUAAGCUUAAGUUUUGUUCUAAAUUUUUAAAAGUAAAAUAUUUAAUCACUUUCAGACCUUUUUGAAUUUUUUUUUAUUUACAUUAAUUGGUUUGCCUCUUGAAGUUUCCCAUCAUCUAUACAUUGUAAAUGGUUGAUUAUAAUUGUAAAUAAUUAAUGGGUGAUGAUUUACAUGAUUUAAUGACAAUGUUGCAAUAUAUAUCACAAUUAAACGAUGAAAAAAAUACAAUUGUCUUUAUUAAAUGAGCACA